AAAAGGGGCAAGAAAAAAAAAAGACAACAAUGGGUGAGCAAAAAACAUACAACAGCCUAAGUACGCCAGUCCUCAACCGCCUGCUUGCCGCCCUUGUUCCCGCGAAUUCAAGGGCCUUCCCGGAGCCUUCCCGGAACCUCUCUAUCAUGCACCCGAACCAAUGCAGGUGGCUGAGAUCUGUUUUUAUGAUGCCAAAUAGACAGCAAGUCCUCAUAAUGGAUGCCUUUGCAACGAGAAUGGGGAAAGAAAACCCCUUUCCUGCCCGCCCUGCUGGGGAGCCACUCAUCUUCCCCACAGCAUGGUUGAACUGGCUUGUUAAGAGAAGACAGAACAAGUAGCAUCUGAUCUACUUAGAAUGGGUGGCAAUUUCUUUGCACGGCUUGCUGAGGAAGCUGUGGACUUGAAGAAGUACAACAAUAAAGUUGUUCGCAGGGCGGUGCUGCCUUGUACUGAAUCCUCUUAUCAGGAAACUCUUACUGCUUAUGACAUGUGGCGUGAGAAACAUCUGGAGGCACCAUCUCCACCAGAUAUACAGGCUUACAAGGCAUUCUUGGUUUCUGUUGGUCGGGCAAAGAAUGGUCGGAUACAUGAUAGACCUGUGCCGGAUACAAUGGAUGGGUUUCAAAGAAAUUUUGAAGCAGGUUGGCAGCGGGAACGGAACUGCACAUUUCCAGAGUCUGUAACUGUUACCAUAAGAGAGUUCAUCAAGAGCGACUUGAUGAAGGAGAUUGGCAUAAAAGAGGGGGAGAUGGAGAAGCAUUACCUGUCCCCAGAUGAUAUAAAGGCUGCUCUUGAAUUCCUGUGGUGUAGGGACUAUCUGGACUACAAGGGCCAAUUCAGAGAACAGAGCAGAGUGGACCUGGCACAUUCAAUCCUUCUAUAUUGCUAUACCUCAGCAAGAACAGGGGAAGUCCAUGAGUCAACAGCACAAAGGGCCACAGCCUGCCAUAAGAAUGCCCAAGAUGCAAGCGACAAGGAUCUCACAGUGAAGGAUGGACUUGAAGAUAAGCAGGGCCUGGAGGCACGGGUGCUUUCCACAUGCUAUAAGGCGAGCUGCAUUGUUGUUGGUGAGGUGAUGCUUGUGCUCAUGUAUGAGAGGGAGUAUGUGAAAGGACAUUGGCGGAAGAAGAAAUGGGACCUCCCAAAGCACAUCUUCUAUAAGAUCUACAAGCAGAAGACUCUGCUUCUUGUAAACCUGCUUCUCUAUUUCCUUCCAUCAGCAACUGCUGACAAUGCAUUCUGCAACUACAAAUCAGUUGAUGAGCUUCUUGAUUAUGUUGACUGA